AAGCUUGCACAUCUCCGCCUCCUCGCUCCUCUUCCCGCUCUCCGAAUCCACCGCUCUCCCCACUUUCCGCGACCCCGACGAUGAGCCCCCCCAAAAGCGCUGCGAGGCCCCCGGCAUCCCUGACGAGCCCGAAGACCGGCGCUAACAAACGGCAGCGGAAGGCGGCGUCGGCGGUGCCGCUGGGCGACAUCACCAACCUCCUAGUCCUCGCUGAGUCCCCGACCCCGAGCAAGCCCAGGAGGACAGCACGCCGGGCCCUCCCCGCUACCUCUGACGUCUCCGCGGUCUCCUCCACCUGCUCCUCCUCCGCCUCCGUCACGCCCGCGCCCAAGCCUUCCUCCGCCGCUGUCUUCGAGGAGGAGCACAGCGUGGUCAAAUCGCCAACCAUCUCCACAGUUCACCGCAGGACCACUGGGGCUCAAGAGAGGUGUAGGAGGAACCCCGCCUCCGCCAACAACAAGGGCAAGGAACCGGUCGCUGCCACGGCGAGCUGCCCCCCGCUUGGGAAAUCUGCAAGGACCCACAGCAGGAAAAAGGAUACUCGGCCCAUCUCCGCAUCAGUUCCCUGUCAUGAAGGUAGAAAGAAGCGGCCCAUUGCAAGCACACCCAACUUACUAGAGGACCUUUUGGAGAAGCAGAGAGCAUACUUUGCAGAUAUCGAUGCCUUUGAGCUGGUAGAGGAAGAGGUGUCGGAAUCCGAGCUGGAGUAAAAACCAAAGCAGAUAUGGCCUUUCUUUUUUUUUUCUUGUACAGAAGCAAAUUACUGGAACCACCGGCGAGGUAUGGUAGCAAUGUGUAGCUAGCUCUACUUGUAACACGGGGGGCACUAAUCGCUCGAUAUUUCGUGUGCUUGGGAAUUUGUUGCUCUGGAUUAUAUUAUCUAAUAUACUUGUACUCUGUAGGAGAGAGGGGGUAGGCAAGUGUUUGCAAACUGGUUUUGCUACUCGCAGCAGUUGAAACUGCUGGGUAAGAUGAUGUCUAGUAGAAACAUGUGUUGAU